AUGAGUUCCUCUAUUCCAUUGACUAUUGAUUUUGAUUUUAGUGGUAUAUUUCCUACGUCUAUUGAAAAUUUUAAUAUUAUUGAAGAACAAAUUGGGAUAAAUUAUGCAACAGAUACUUUUUAUAAGGCAUGCAUUAAGAUUAAUAGUGAAUUUAAUAUAUGGGGAGAUAGUUUUCAUAGUAUUUGUGUUUUUCUUAGUAACUACUUAGAUCGUAUAAAGGAAAAAACAUCUAGUGAUAUAAAACCGUAUUGUAGGUAUUUCAACUACGUAUUAAAAAAUGAAUCAAAAAAAUUUUCAAAUUGUAUAGGAGAAAAACAGUGCUAUCAAAAAAUGAUUGAUGUAUACGAAAGAAAUAAAAGAACACAUAUGGAUAAAUGUAAAGAUGACGUAAUUGAUCUUACAGAUGAUAUAUUUACAAUAUUGAAUUAUCUGAAUUCAUUGUAUAAUAAUCUUAAAACAUUAAAAAAUAAAAGUGGUGCAUGCCAUUCCCAUAGUUCCUGCUUUAACAAUUAUAAGGAUUUUUUACAUAAAUGUAACAGUGUACAAAAUAUCAGUCUACAAGAAGUGAAGAAAAUUGUUGAAGAAGCAUAUAAGAACUAUAUUCCUAUCGAUUACGAUACUUCGGAUGCAUUACAAGACAUACGUUCUUCUCCAGGUGUCUCAGAUCAUGCACCUUCCUUAUAUAGUAUAAAUUCUCGAAAGUUUACACGAAGUCGUUUAUAUUUACAACAAAGAAUAAGGAUGUUAAAGGAAAUUUGGAACAAAAAAAGCAAAGAAGAUUUUACAUCAGAGAGCUCAUUCUUUUGUAAAUAUCAGGAAUAUAUAGAUAAAGGUAUGGAUAUAUCAUAUAAUAUAUUAGAAUACUCCUAA